UGCUGAUGAAAGGACACGAGGACUGACCCACCUUUGACCGACAGCCGUCACAAUCUGACACACACAAGGCAGAAAGGCCCGAUUAAACAGUGACGCAGAUAGGCCUUCCCUCUAACCUGCAAGGAGAAUCAGCUGGAUCCACUGAAUCAAAGCUGAGCUGAAUAAUAUCUGCUAUCGCCUGAAAAGAUGCUGCUCCUGCUACUGGGAAUCAUCCUCCUGCACGUUGCUGGUCUUGUUCUCCUGUUUGUGUCAACAAUUGUCAGCGUAUGGACGACAGGUGAAACUGGCACCUCAGACCUCUGGCUAAACUGCACUACUGCCGUUGGAGGAUACCACUGUAAUCCAGGAUCAAGUGGAGAGUGGAUUCAGGCGGUACAGGCUCUCAUGAUCCUGUCCAUCAUCUUCAGCUGCCUGUCUCUGUUCCUCUUCUUCUGCCAGCUCUUCACUUUGCAGAAGGGCGGACGCUUCUUCCUCACUGGAACCUUCCAGAUCCUUGCCAGUUUGUUUGUGAUGAGCGGAGCCAUCAUCUAUACGGUGAUGAGUCCGCAGUGGGUGCCGGGGACAGACAACUUCGGCUACUCCUACAUCCUGGCGUGGGUGGCUUUCCCUUUGGCGCUGAUCAGCGGACUCAUCUAUGUCAUCUUGAGGAAGCGAGAAUGAGCCAUCACUCCAUCCCAGUGUUUCCAGUAACUCCCUGCCCAACUGCAAGUGUCAUCAAUCCCACUCUGAAGUAUAAGUUUUGAUGCCUGAGCACCAAUGGCCUCUGGAGCCACCAGGCCAACACACCCAUUUAACAGCGGGGGGGGGGGGUAAUACCAAAAAUCAACAAGCAAACCAACACAAAAACAACCAAUACUGUCUCAGUUAAAAGAUGUAUAUAGUAUCUAUGGUUUAAAACCUAUUUAUAACACGUUUUACAUAUAUGUACAUAGUUGUUGUGUUGCUCUGUCAAUGGAUACGCAGAUGAGCUUUUGUUUCAGCUGAUUAAGUGCCUCAGUGUUUGUAAUGAUGAAAUAAUUAGAUGCUAUUUUGUUGUGUUUUUUUGCCUUUUUUGUUUUGCCAAACAAUUAGUAAAAAAAAGUUUCUUUAAGUCUAUUAACCAAAGUGCAUGUAUAGAAAUAGAAGGGUUGGAAGAAGAUUUUUUUGAUGGUCUUGCUUUACAAAAAAAGUGGUAACAUCCAUGGAUGUAGCAUAGCCAGGAACUAUAGAUUUGGUCCUUUUCUAUUUUGUGAAUUUUCAAAUUUCAGUGUUUUUAUUUUCAGUAUUUUUCUAUUUCUUUUUUUCAACAAAAGAUGGUGCUAUGUAUUUAUCAUUCCUAUUACUUAUAGCAAUCAUUUACAACAGAGUUACUUUGUUAUUGUUUAGAGUCAAAUUGUCAUUAAUCACAGUAAGAAUCAGACAGAGGUAUACCUGUACAUACAGUGCCUGACUGCUUCUUUAGGGAACACAGUCUAUUUCACAUUGCAACGUCUGAAUUAUUUUCUUUUUUUUCUUCUUCAUCAGCUACUGUAAAAAACAAAUAACUGAGUUUGGGGGGUGCACUGAUUAAAUCAAAAGUGGAAUGUCAGUAUUAUUCUGCGAGUUUGUAAAGAGUUGGAUUACAGUGAAAUUACUUUAUAUAAGCUCUAUUUUAGCUCUAUUUGCCUUAAUUGUCCCUCAUUCUGAUGUUUUUGUUCGCCUGGCUGUUAAAGUCUCAAGAAGCCGAAUUGCCUAUUCAGUAGAAUACCAUAAAGAAAAUAACACUGUGGGGCAUUAUAGCCUAAGAAAAAAGUAUCGAUUUAACAUUACGAGAAAGAAAUGCCACUGAGUUGAAGCCAUAUAAGAAAACACCAGAUGACAGGAAAAACAUAUUUAGUACUAAUUGUAUAUGUGGGGAAAAGGACAGAGAAGUUUGCAGUGAUGAUACAAAUGUCUGUUUCACAUACUUGAAGUUUGACAUGCUGCAGUCUCUGCCCACUGACGUAUAGAAGUUUUUUUUUCUUCUACUGUAUAAAAACGCUGUGUUGCUCAUAACAGAUGGUAAUGACAAUCUAGCCUUAAAAACACUCACUUACUCAAUAAAACUGCUCUCACAUUAUCUUAUACUGUGUAUUCCACUGUUACAAGGGACUGGAUUCACGCUAACACUCGAUGCAUGCAGAAUUUCAAGUCAUUUUCUAGGCUGUUAUGCUGUCUGCCUGUAAACUCUGAAACACACAUAUCUGGGCUACAAAAGCAUCAUGUGGGAAAACUGCCAGUAAAUGGGAAUAGACAUUAAAAGCAAAUUCCGAACCAUUUGUGGUGAUGAAUCUGCGUGUUAAUAUGCUAUGAGAUGGAUCUAAGAUGUCAGAAACUGAAAUGCAGCAUGCUGCAUGUAAAUUCUUGUGUACAGUCAAGCGAAGCAAAUCUACCUUACAGUGUGCCAUCAGACUCUGGUACAUCAAUUAAGCUGCCUUGUGCAUGUGCAUGGUUGCAAAUGCUGUACGUGACUUGUGUUACACACACUGGGGCGAAAGGCAUGGCGGUUGGCGCAAGAUGCCAGUUAUUCAAACCAUGCAGCUAGUGUUUCAGUGUCAACGGUGCCUCUCAUAGCAUCAGAAAUAAGAGGACUUGGACGUGUUCUGAACACUGUAAGCAAGGGUCUGUCCUCCACUUGACAUCUCCGGUGACAUCCUGUAGCCUUCCAAAACAGAGCUAUGUUGUGGUGGAAUUAAAGUGUUUAAUUCAGAGCUUACACUAGCUAGUCUGCUGUGGUUUUUUAGCAUGAUGCUCAUUACUGGGUUCAGUUAGAAGAGAUUGCCUUUAAUGACAACUGCCCUACUAUUUUGUGUAAAGCAACAGAGUUCAAUUGUCUAUGCCAUGUUUACACCUAAACUUCCAAAUGCUCUUGAUAUAACCAAAGCUACUUUUGAGUUUAAUCAUUAAAGGAUGUUUCUUACCACCACGA